CGAAAAGCGCAUAGAGGAUUCCAAUAUGUUCUGCAAUAAGAUUGCUGCUUGCACACGGCACACAUGCACUUGAACCCUGAUAGGUAUAGAGUUAUAGGUUAUUGUAGUUGAAGAAUAACGCAUCCAGGAGAUAUAUACAUAUACUCAUAUAUAAAGAAGCUGUAAAAUAAGCGGCGGUAGUUACUGCAAAGUUUCGAGAAAACGUUACACGUUUGUCCACAAAUACACACAGGCUUAGCUAAAUACAAAAUAGGCACACAUUUGCGCCUACCCGAAUACAUACAAAGUUGGCGAACGAUACGAGAAGAAUAUAUAUAUAUCAGCACACGCAAGACAGAACUGAAUAAGGGGCUCCCUGUAAACAUGCAGAAGUGCAUCGUUCUAGCAGCGAUUGCAAUUUGUGUCGCAAAUGGGGCGCAGAUUGAUGUGUCUGCAGGUUUAGAUACCCUAGAACAGGCCAUAUUAGGUGCAGCAGCGGGAGAUGUCCUCCAGUUACAAGUUGGUAGUUAUGGGUACUUGAAUGACCUUGUGAUAGAUAAACAGUUGACCAUCCUCGGUGCAUCCGAUGGGGAAACGUACAUCGAGGUGGACUCAACCUCCACACCUGUGGUAUUUAGGUCGACUAAUCUGGAUUUGUCCCUGAAGGAGUUGAACCUUAGAGAUGCUGCCACAGCUGGAGAUUGCAAACUGAUUCGUCCUAUUGCCAUGUACGCUGGAUUAGACUACACACUUACCGCACCCUCGCUGGAUGAUAGUCGAGUAAACAUCCAAGCAUCCCUUGGUGAAUGGUAUGAUGGGCGUCAUAUCGAGGAUUUCUCUUUCGCAAAUUGCUUACACAGUUCGGCCAAUGGAGAUGGGGCCAUGGACCGUAUCGAGAUAGGUUUAGACGCCACCAACUGUCACGGGCACUUGGCUUUUAGUGUUAUGUUUGAUCAAUUAAUUUCAUGCGGGGCUGAAAAGUCUCAGACCGAUGAGAGUGUACUUUACGAUGCACCUUUGAAGGUGACUGUGAGCGAGUAUGUGGAGUGGGAAACAUCGCAGAUUAUCCUACAGAAGCCAGACACUCGUGUUAUAGAUGCUGUCAGCUCUGUGCGCGUACAGCUGGGCCGUAAAUUCACCGCAAUUCAGGAAGGUACACUACUGUCGUCUAAUUACGAGAAGUUUGAUUUCGAGAUGGUGGUAAGUCAGCAGUCACUACCUUCAGUGGCGGAUGCUUUGGCGGGUGGCACCCAAUCCAAGGUGUCGACGAUUGAACUAACGCUUACGCUCCCCAGUCAGUAUACUAUCACCAAGAACUCCAUUGGAGACAUGCAGAUAAAUGCGAUGGCAAACACGGAUGUGGCGAACACGGCUUCAGCGUGGAAGCUGACUGCGCCAGAGUGUGACGAUCCCACUGCUCGAUACUGUCGACAAACUAUCGAGUUUCAAGUUUACGCCUGUGAAUUGUCUGGUACCUAUGAGCUUCUGGCUCUACCGUUCCAAUGCCAAGCCUCGGCGGAGAAUUGCUUGCCUCUGGAGGCGGAGGAGGCCACGACCGAUCUGGUGAUUACGCUUAGCAGCAAUGACUUCUGCACCGCUAACGAAGUCGAAUUGCAAGCUGAUUUCGCCGCGACAACGCAUCUUAUGUCCGACGGAUUGUUCACCACGGCCAAGGAUAUGUCUACCGGUAUUGUGCCGGAUGAAAUUCUGUUUGUGGCCAUCAAGCUGUUCACGGAGGGUUCUGGGUUGGUGAUUGAGAAUGGAGCUAUUGUGGCUAUGGAGCGAGGGUCUGACGAUGAAGACGCUACAUGCGAGGACCAUAUACUACCGUAUGCGGGGGAGAACAUCAACAAACUGGUACAGAACUUCAUUCCCCAGGUGGCCCAGGUAAGCAAGGAAGACAAGGGUCAGCCUCCGCAGAUUCACACGGAGUUCAUGAUGAACUCCAACCUGGCGUGUGUCGCGGAUGGAGUGGAUUAUGAGGCCCGAAACUUGGACAUGAAGUACAUCAUCUCUGUCACAUACACCGUGACGGGCGGCGCCACGAAUGGGUUCGUCGCUGACGACUUGGUGUACAAUGAACCAGGGAAUGUCACCGAGCCCGAGACCGAACCAAUUGAAGAAGCUGAAACCAUACCCGAGAAGAAGGAGGAGGCUGAGGAGCCAGUUCCUGAGGUAGAGGAUGAGUCAAAUGAGAUUGAUGUCACCAAGGAACCAGAGGCCGUACCUCUUCAUCUGCGCAGACGCCGGGCUAUCAAGCACCUGGUACGUGGCCGUAGACUGGCUGCUGACAAGGAGGUCGACCAGUCACUGCUGGUGAAGGGCAAGUUGGCUGAUGUCGAUGUGGCGGAGGUUCCUGACCCUACGCUCAACAUGAUGCUGUACGGUAUUGGUGGUGCGUUCAUCGCGCUUAUGCUGACGUGCUGUGUGGGUUCAGCGGUGUUGUAUGUCUGUUACAGACGCCAAACGCGAAAGAUCAACCAAAUAGGCUUGACCCGGCAACUCCGCGGCCAGAUGGGCAAGAACGGGGACAGUGCUACCAACGGCAUGAGCGGUCUGAGCGUGUUCUCGGACAACAACGGCAACAAUGUGAGUGGUUUAUGCGAUCACGGGGCGUCGGCAACCAGUGGUUUUGGAGCGUACAACUCGAGUAAUGAGGCCAGUCCGUACCCGCCGCAUGCCCAGGCGAAUAUGAGCAACAUGCACUCGAAUGUCAAUGAUAGCUACGAUCAUAUGCCUGCGUUGCCGUACGAUGACGAACCGAUGGGUGUGGAUGCGUACGACUCACGGCCGCCUACUGACGGACCUAAUAUGAAGGAUACGGGAUCGAGAUUCUGGUAGUCUAUGCGAUUGAUAGCAUAGGUGUGCGUUUGGGAUAGGCAAGCGUAUGUAGCUAUAUUCUAAGAUGAAUGUAGUUGUAUAGUUUGUGCAUGUUAGACAUGGAAAGUGUGCUAAUAUACGCGCCCGAGGGGUAGGGACUCGAGUAUGAUGGCUGAAUGGGGGCCAUGUUCAACCUUACACUCAGAACCGUUUUCAUAAGAUAUAGGCCGGUUGGACUUCGGUAAUAAAUUAAUCAAAAAAUAACAAA